UAUAUGUGAGAAUUAUGCCCAUAUGUCAAAUACGUCAAAUCUUUUUAUUUACAUUUAAAUUUCAAAUAAAUGUCAUAAAAAUUUAUGAAAUUCAUUGAAUUAUAUCAGACGCAGGAAUUUGAAAAUUCUUGCUGCCUUACCAGUUGCCGUCGUGCUCUCUCUCUUGUUAGUAAGACUGGAACUGGAGCAAUUGAACAACAAUGGGACCAAGCUUAGCAAAUUUGAGGUCAGCCCACAUAAGCAGAGAACUAACUGAUGAUAAUGAUAGAGACAGCCACAAUUCAAAGACAUCCAACCUUUCUCUGCUUUUUCUUUUUUGACUUUUCUUUGUGAAAAUUGCAUUUUCUUCCCUUAAACUUCCAUCACAUCAUCAUUCUUCCUUGCAUUAGUUAAUUAAGCAAUUCUUUCCUUCUCAUUAAUCAUUCAGUCCCUUCUUCAACACUUAAACAAACCCAACUAACAACCAGCACCAAACCUACUUAAUUUGUUUCCACCUUCUUGCUCUGGUCUUUCACUUAAAGUAAAGAAAAAAAAUACAAUCAUUUUAUGGUUGAUGAAUUACAAAAGCUAUAGUGGGUACUGAUUUUAGGCAAUUGUGGGUUGUUAGAGGCCAGCAUCUUCCCCUUCCUUUUCCUUCUCAUACUUCAAAACUACUUCUCUGUUCUUAUUAUAUGUAUAAGCAGAGAGAAAAAAACAUUAUACAUGUGUAUAUAAAGAUUACAAGCAUUGGUUUAAGAGCCUAGAUAUUAAAAUGAGUACAGCAAGAUUUAUUAAGUGCGUCACUGUAGGGGAUGGGGCUGUAGGAAAGACUUGCAUGCUCAUUUCUUACACUAGCAAUACUUUUCCUACGGAUUAUGUUCCCACAGUAUUUGACAAUUUUAGUGCUAAUGUGGUGGUAGAUGGUAGUACAGUGAAUCUUGGAUUAUGGGACACGGCUGGGCAGGAAGAUUAUAACAGGCUGAGGCCACUGAGUUACAGAGGAGCUGAUGUAUUCUUGUUGGCUUUUUCUCUCAUUAGCAAGGCCAGUUAUGAGAACGUUUACAAAAAGUGGAUCCCUGAGCUCAAACAUUAUGCUCCAAAUGUGCCAAUUGUGCUUGUAGGAACUAAGCUUGAUUUGAGACAAGACAAGCAAUACUUGAUUGAUCAUCCUGGAGCAACACCCAUAACAACAGCUCAAGGUGAGGAACUGAGGAAAAUCAUCGGCGCCAUCACUUACAUAGAGUGCAGUUCCAAAACUCAGCAGAAUGUGAAGACCGUGUUUGAUUCUGCAAUAAAAGUAGCUUUACGACCACCAAAGCCAAAGAAGAAGCCACGCAAACAGAAAUCAUCAUGCUCUUUCCUCUAGCCUGAAUCAGUCUCUCCUGAAAGAAUUGUUAUAUAUACACGAUUCAUUCUUCUUGAAAAUAUAUUAAAUUUCCAUAAAAUGCGAAAUGCUUCAAAAUUUGCCUAUAGCUGUUAGUGGGAUUAUAUAUACACAUUUUUAACUCUUGAUGCUUUGUGAGUGUAAUUUGUUCCAUGGAACUGAUAUAAGGCCUUAUCCUUAUGUAUACAAAACUCAGAUUCUCAAUUCA